CUUGAGGGCCAGGGAGCUCAGAAGAUAUAAAGGAUGCCCUGGAAGAGGGUGUAAAGGCACAGGACCAGUGUGGACUGAACUGCAUCUGACCUCCUGCUGAACCGCUGCAUCAUGAAGAUAGUCCUACUUUUCUCCUUGCUGACCCUGGCCACCCUCUGCCUCUGCAAGCAAGAUGCUGAAGCUGGUCCCCAAGAGUCUGGCAAAAGAACAGCCUUUACCUCCAAGCGUGAGAGUAGUGAGCUGGCGAGGAGACCAAAGCGCCAAGUGUACAACUGGCAAGGGCUUCCUGCCCCCUAUCCUGACCCCUUGGAGCAGAAACGGGAGGUGUGUGAGCUUAACCCCGACUGUGAUGAGCUAGCUGACCACAUUGGCUUCAGUGAGGCUUAUCGGCGAUUCUACGGGACAGCCUAGACCCCGGACACCCGCUCUCCCCCUCAGAUGUGCUCCCCAAGCUGUCUGUGUGUUCUGAGACACCUGAUCCGCUUCUUGUUCCCCAGAGCUCCCCCCACUCACCCACACCCAGUACAUUGUCCGCUUCAGAGUUCCUGGCUUUUUCAGAAAUAAACAUGAGGGGGAAAGGAA